AUGGAUCCGCAUCUUUUGCUAUGGAAACUAUCACCGUCACCGCCACCAUCCUCUUUUUCUACGGCUAUCAUCACCACCACUACCACCACUACCACCACCACUACCAACGACACUAACAACGAGAGCAACAACGAGAUCGAUUCUUUCGAUACACUACUACCAACGUUGGUUUUACCGGCAAUACUUUUAUUGAGCAUCAUUUACUUGUUAUACCAUCGGCAUCGUAGACAAGCAACCAACCCGUUUGACUUGAAACAGGACGUGCUACAACAGCAACAAGACGCGAUAUUACCUGACGACCACAACGACGAUGAAUCCUUGUGCCACCAACAACACCAACAACAAGAGCCCAGCAGUAGUAGUAGUAGUCGAUAUUGCAAACAUCUCCAGCUAGUCUUAAGCUGUAUUGUGGCUACCGGAUGGUUGUGCUGCAUGAUGAUGGUGGAUGUUUAUGCCGCUGUCUAUUUUGUCAUAUGGGUGGUGCUUGUCAUGAUCACAUUGGUCUCUCCUUUGUACCAGCUUUAUCCCGCACGCCAUUACAUUUACGUCUUUACCUUCUAUUAUGGCAUAUUGAUGGUGGAUGCAGGGUAUCGUAUAUAUGCAGCCUUUCAAAGCGAGUUAUGGAUGAUGGCCCCCGUUCUUUUACGAUGGUGGAUCAUUUAUGGCGGUGUUUGCACUGUUUUAUUCAUACUCACUGGCACUGUACCACAACCGCUCCAUCCCAAGAACCUUGUUCCCGAGACAGGCACUGUUACGAUCAAGGAAGAAGGAUAUAUUCUCCGUAAUGAUCGACGCUUAAGUCCAGAGGCAACAGCAAGCAUAUUUUCAUGGGCAUUGUUCCAAUGGAUUAAUCCCUUGGUGAUGCUUGGCUAUUCGAGACCAUUGGAAACGCACGACUUGUAUGCACUUUCGUUUCAACAUUUGGCAAGGUUUGCCCAUAUGGAUUUUCUUUGUUCAGCCUAUGGCAGCAUCAGCACUAGCAGCACCAGAAAGAUCUUGUAUCGAUUGUACCACGCGAAUCGUCGUACCAUUUGGACACAGUUUGCAUGUUCCACCUUGGCGGUUGUGUUUGCUUAUGCUCAACCUUAUUAUCAGCAACGCUUUUUGGAGUACUUUGAACAGCGUCAGCAUAUGAAUGUUGAAACGGCUUAUGGCUAUGCAUUCGCCAUGUUUGCAGCAGCCAUGAUCCGCUUAUUGUUUAUGGGGAUCCAAUUAUGGGCAGGCCGACGAUGGAAUGUGCGCACAUUGUGCAUGCUCGAUUCUGAAAUUUAUGCAAAGACGCUACGUCGUAAAGAAUCGCACCACACAAGCACUGGCAAAAUUACCAAUCUGAUGAGCGUGGAUGCUGACAGGAUCGCUGACAUUCCAGCUUCCAUCUUUAUGUUUUAUAAUGCACCGCUAGAGCUUGCCAUUGCCAUCUUUUACUUGUACAACCUUUUGGGUGUGGCAUCCGUGAUCGGCCUUGGGAUGUUUUUGAUCCUUUCACCCGUUUCAUGGUUCUUGAUCCGCCAAUUAAGGAUAGCGUAUGAUAACCUGUCAUCCGCUGAAGAUCGCCGCAAUCAAUUACUCAAUGAGCUAUUCCAAGGCAUUCGAAUGAUUAAAUACGCUGCAUGGGAAUCAACAUGGCAAUCCAAAAUCAUGGGCGCACGUGAUGUGGAGCUUGGACAUUUGAAGCAUACCUUUGUGAUGGAUGUAGCCAUGAGCAUUGGGUAUCUCAUGGCCCCGGUAUUGGUAUCGGCAUGUGCCUUUAUUUGGUAUGUCAAGGUCGAUAAUCAUGAACUCUCAGCCAGCGUCGUGUUUGUCAGCAUUACUCUAUUUGACAUGCUACGCAAUCCAAUCAUGCUCAUCCCUGACGCUAUCAGUGUUUUUACCGAAGCCUAUGUCAGCCUCAAACGAAUAUCAGAAUAUCUCGAUCAUCCCGAAGUGGACAAUGAUGACGACCAACAAGAACAAAGAAAUAGUACCAAUCUUGGAUUUGAAUCAUCAUCGGUGUUUACAUGGCCACGGGAUCAUGGCAUUAACAAUGACAAUGGCACAAAAAAGGAACACGAUAGCAACAACAACAACGACAAUGAAAGGAAACCGCUUCUUGAUACCCCUCUGUCAUCAUCACCACCAUCACCACCCUCCUAUGGUGCAGCAGCAGCAGCAGAGUCAUUACCAUUAUUUCAAUUGCGUAUUCCCCAUGGCUUUGACUUUCCCAAAAACAAGCUUAGUCUGGUGAUUGGACCCACAGGGAGUGGCAAAUCCAGUUUGCUACAUGCAGUCUUGGGCGAAAUGGAUACAAUUUCGGGUGGCUCUCAUCAUCCAGCCAUGGUGUCUUAUGUUGCUCAACAUCCAUUCUUGCAACAAACAUCGAUUCGCGACAAUAUUUUAUUUGGGAUGCCCUAUCACAAAGCUCGCUACCAUCAAGUAUUGCAUCAAUGUGCUCUUGUCAAGGAUCUUGCUAUUCUUCCUGAUGGUGAUAUGACCGAAAUUGGAGAAAAAGGAAUUUCCCUUUCGGGUGGUCAAAAGCAACGGGUAUCGCUUGCACGUGCAGUCUACUCAAUGGCACAAACGGUCCUUUUGGAUGAUUGUCUUAGUGCCGUGGAUACACAUACAGCACAACACAUUUUCCAGUCAUGUCUUUUGGGUAACUUGCUCAAGGAUCGCACCGUUGUCAUGGUCACACAUCAUGUACAACUUUGUUUGCCAGCCGCCAAAUUCCUCGUCAAGAUGGAUCCAGAAGGUCGUGUUGCAGCAUUUGGUGAUACAGACACGCUUUUAAAAGCUGGCACGCUUGUUGAUGUGAUAGGAAGCAGUCGUUGCCAUGUUGAAGAUGAUGUCAUGGCAACGACAGGAAAGGAUCAUCAACAACAACAUGAUAAUGGCAACGCUGCUGCUGCUGCUGCUGCUGCUGUAGCUCAAGAUAAGCAAGGUGACAGAUUUAUCUCAGAAGAACGAGCGGCUCGAGGACAUGUCAAAUUCAAAGUUCAUGCAACCUACCUAAAAGCAUGUGGUGGAUGGCCAUUUUGGGUAUUGCUUUGUUUGUUCUUUGUUGGAUCACGCGUACUGGUCUUUGUUGAAACUUGGUGGUUACGAACAUGGGCAGCAGCCUAUUCCAUAGACAGCCUUACGACGACGACAUCAAAUGAUGACGUUCCAGUGGAUUAUUACAUCAUGGUGUAUGUACUCCUUUGUAUCGCCUUUGUUGCUUGUGAUACAGUACGCAACGUACUUUUAUACUAUGGAUCAUUACGAGGCGCACGUAGACUCUUUGACCAGCUUCUUGAUCGUGUCAUCCAUGCACCUAUGCGUUUCUUUGAUACCACACCCAUUGGACGUCUUCUUAAUCGCUUUGGAGCGGAUAUGGUGGUGAUCGAUAUGCAGAUGGCUCGUACAGCAAGCAUGAUGGUAGAAUGUAUUACGGGAAUGGUAGCAUCUUCGAUCAUCAUUAGCGCCAUCACUCCACAAUUUAUUUUGGUAGCCUUGAUCACAGCUGUUGUGUAUGCUGUUGUCGGCAUUCUUUAUUUGCACUCUUCAAGAGAGCUCAAACGUCUCAAUUCCAUCAGUCGAUCACCCAUUUAUUCUCAUUUUACGGAGACGCUUACUGGUGCUGUGACAAUUCGUGCAUUUGCACAAUCACGACGCUUUCUUGUCAACAUGUACAACAAGCUGGAUGAGUUUGCAUCCCCGUUUUAUACCCUUUGGAUGGUGAAUCGAUGGCUUUUGGUGCGUAUGGAUACAGCGGGUGCAUGCAUGACAUUGGGUGCUGCUAUUCUCUUACUCAAGAACCAAGAUACCAUUGAUGCUGGUAUGGCCGGCAUUUCAUUGAUCUAUGCACGAAGCUUUUUGAGUCAUGUGUAUUGGAUGAUUCGGCAAUAUACUCAAGUUGAAAUGAAUCUAAAUGCUGUCGAGCGAGUACAAGAGUACCUGGAAUUGGAGCAAGAACCUCAAGGACAAUCUCUUCCCCCAAAGCAAUGGCCCAACAAGGCAACAUUGAAGAUACGGCAUUUGGAUGUACGCUAUGCAGCUCAUUUGGAUCCUGUAUUGUGCAAUGUAUCACUCGAUAUCCAUCACAAGGAGAAGAUUGGUGUUGUGGGAAGAACAGGAUCGGGUAAAACCACCCUUGGACUUGCCUUGUUUCGAUUUAUUGAAGCAUCCACUGGAAGUAUUUUCUUGGAUGGGAUCGAUAUUGCUCAUGUGGACAUAUACCAGCUUCGAUCACGCCUUACGAUGAUACCUCAAGAUGCUGCUCUUUUCUCAGGCACUGUACGCAGCAACCUUGAUCCAUGCAAUGAGCAUACUGACACGAUCCUAUGGCGUGCGUUGAGUCGAGUCCAUAUGACAUCUACAAUCAAAAGCCUUGAUGAAUCAGUGACAGAUGGUGGUGCCAAUUGGUCUCAAGGUCAAAGACAACUUUUAUGUAUGGCACGUGCUCUCUUGAAAAAGAGUCCAUUGAUUGUCAUGGAUGAGGCGACUGCCAGUAUCGAUUUUGACAUGGAUGCCAAGAUACAACAAACGAUCCAUACCGAGUUUGCUGAUUCAACUUUGAUAUGCAUUGCCCAUCGUUUGCAUACCAUUAUCGAUUAUGAUCGCGUGCUCGUGCUGGAUCAGGGCCGCGUCGCCGAAUUUGAUACACCUCGUCAAUUACUCUCCAAAUCAAAUAGUCUUUUUAGAGCCAUGUGUGAACAAUCAGGGGAUCUCGAUACACUUGUAAAAAGAGCCAUACAAUAA